AUGCAGCCUGGUCGUUCAAGAACCCCAGCUAUACUCACUACUCCUGAAAGAGCACAAUCCAAGCACAGUCCUUCUACUCCAGAUUCUUCAUUAACAAACAUAGAGAAUGACCUGAGAGCAAGGGAAUACCAAGGAGCCAUUCCAAAAAGGAACUGGUAUCAGCCCUCACACAGCACUGUUAGGCAUGUUAGGCAGGAUAGUGAGUCAAAUUUAAAUCUACCCUCCAUACAAGCAGGAGAUUUUACGGGCGACUGUCCUCAAUCUAGUUCCCCUCCUCCAGAAUUGAUUGAAAUUGCUGCAAGAAAUUCUGCUGGUUGUGAAAUCUUUUGUGAUUCCUUGUUACGAAAUGAAAAUCAAGAUACUGAGUCCUCCUCAGAAGAAGGCAACUCCCUCUCCCAGAUGACAUCAUUAUCCACUACUCGAAUGGAUGCACCUGCCUCAGGGCAUGAAGGUAUUCAGCACCAAAACAGUGCAUCUGCCACUAUACCUGAAGGUGGAAAAACUAAACAUCAGAUCACCAAAAGGCAGCUAGAUCACUGCAAAAUAACACCAGCCAGACCCAACACUCCAGAAGGAGCACAACCUGGUAGAAACUCCCUCUCACUAGUGACUGGACGUCAUAACAGCAGGCCAAACCAGACUGGUGAAGAAGAUGACAGAGCUGUAGAACAUUAUGAUGCCACAGAAAAUAAUGGUCUACUGGAAGAAACAAAACAGGAAUUAGAAUCCUCACAGAAAAGUGUCCUGUAUUUAGUAAAGGAAUUAAGAGAAAAAGAGUCAUUUUGCCAAACUCUCAGGGCAGAUCUGUUCCAGUCAAGGCAAACUUUAGAGGUAUGUCAAGAGUGA